CUUUUCUGUGCUCAGUCAAAUCUCCUGGAGCUACAGCGGUCACAUUGGUCAGUAGGCCACAAGAGUUUAGGCUGAAAAAGAAAAACCUUCUCAACUGAUUUUCGUUUCCUUUCAGUUUCACUUAGCCAGGAAUGGGGUCAUCCAAUUACUAGAAUGGGCAAUCCGCUUUGGUUAUCAAAACAGAUGUUGUGAUUCAGUGCUUUAUAGAUAAAGAUUGAAUUGAAUGAGGGUGCCUUCAGUUAAAACAGUUAAAUGGCGCGGUGUCACUGUCGCUGGUGUAAUGUGUUUAUCUGCAUGUGCAGCCCAUGCAUUUGCCUGGUGCUGCUGUUCAUCUAUGCCAGUAUAAUGGUGUGCAUGGACAUGCAGAGCACCAUCUCACCAUCCAGGGUCAUAGAAGAAGAUCGUUUUGUGGCCCCAGGAACUUUGAGAAACAACAGCUUUGCCCCACUGCCGAACACUUUCUGGAAGCUCCACUGGCAUGGAGAUGCCUUUUGGAACCAUCUCCAACUGUCCAUCGACCGCCAUUUCAACCCCAUCCUGCACCCCAACACCAAGCUUGGAUUUGAUGAUAGCACCCUACUGAGGCAAAGUUUCUCUGAAGUUAUCAACCUGGAUAGCACGAAGAAAAACCUUGACAAGCUGCCACAGCACAUACAAGAGUUUGUGGGCUACAUGAACAUUAGGGACUACGCAACCCUCAUACAGCCAGAUGGUGUAUGUGGAGCUGGGGCAAAAGAUGAGAGGGAGCCUCCGCUGCUUCUCCUGGCCAUCAAGACAACAGAACUGAACUUUAAGAAUCGGCAGGCCAUUCGACAGACCUGGGGCCAGGUGGGGUGGAUGGCAGGACAGAAGAGGAACAGUAGCAGAGGAGAUGAAGGUGGAGGAUACAUCCGCAGGGUGUUCCUGCUGGGCAAAGAAAACCCUGAGGAACUGGGUGUAGAUUUAUCUGAAUUAUUACAGAUUGAGAGUCAACGAUAUGGAGACAUUCUACAAUGGAAUUUCAAGGACACAUUUUUUAACCUCACCUUGAAGGAUGUGCUCUUCUGGGACUGGUUCUCACGUUCCUGCAGCCAGACUCGGUUUGUCUUCAAGGGAGAUGACGAUGUCUUUGUCAACACCCCAAAUAUGAUAACCUACCUCCAGGAGCAGCUAAAGAAGCCAAAAGCACACAGGACUAUGAAAGACUUCAUGGUUGGAGAUGUCAUAGGUGCAGCCAUACCCAACCGAGUCAACAACUCCAAGUACUUUAUCCCCGACACCUUCUACCAGGGCCUCUAUCCUACAUAUGCGGGUGGGGGAGGGGUGGUGUACUCAGGCCUAUUGGCCAAACGCCUACACAACAUAUCUAAAAGGAUUCACCUGUUCCCCAUUGAUGACGUUUAUGUAGGUAUGUGUAUGAUUCGGCUUAACGUUUACCCCAUUCACCACGAUGCCUUCCUCACAUUUGAUUUUCCUGGAAAGGAAAAGGAGGAGCGGUGUUCAUACCACAGAAUCCUACUGGUCCACAAACGAAACCCCAACCAGAUAAUUAAACUGUGGGAGGAUGUAAAAAAGACACAGACACAGUGUCAGGGUGUACCUCUGAGGAACGCAGCAAAGAAGGAAAAGAAGGAUAAGAAACCAAAACAAGCAAAACUCUAAGACUAUCCCAUGAUUUAUGGCAAAGUUUUGUCUACUGAAGAAUAAUUGGCACUAUAAUAUAUAAUAAGUUACAAGGAGGUGACAUUGUGUUAACUAAUUUCUGUAUUUAUUUUUUUAUUUACUUUAGGCCUCUGUGUUCUGUAGUUAUAUUUAAUUACAUUUAACAAUGUGAAAACCUUGGGGAUUUAUGUACAAAACAGUUGUGUUAAAUGUAGUCACUGUUAAGAUGAGUUUGACUUGACAGUGGUUGAGCCAGUUUUGCAGUGUUGAGACUGGAAAGGUCUGGAGUCUGUAUGUUUACAUCAUUGGCAUAAGAUGAGCUGCUGUUAGCCAAUCAGCUUCCAGCGAUGUUUUAAAGUCAAAAAGGGGCUCCACGUGUUAAGCUUGUGAUAGAAAAUGCAUGACAAUCAGCCAGAGUGAUGAAUGUGUAAAGUAUGUUUGUACAUUACUGUGAACUUUCUCUGGUACUUUUAUCUUCAAAUUAGCUGUGAAUACAUGCUUUUCUACCUCUGUGAAACCAGCUACUCCUUUAUGACCCUCCUUUCCCACAAACUGAAUUAAAGUCUACAAGACUCUACAAGAUAAAAGUCCAACAGACUUUAUUUUCAUUGUGCUUUACUCCUGCAACUAGUAUUGGUACAAAAGCAAAUGCAGAAAACCACUUUUAAGCCGUUUAAGCUGUUAUCAUCUACGUGCCUGGGUCCUGUGAUGAACAGAAGCACAAAAGAUGAAAAAACAAUGUGGUCAUCCCAACAAAACUCAUAGACAAAAGGUGGAGUCUGGGGCUUAUGACAGGGGUUUGUUUCCCCAUGAGCAAAGGACCUUGUAUUAAUAGUCACUCAAACAGUGAGGCAGACACCCAGGACCGUUAAACAGUAUCUGAGGUAUGUUGCCUGACUAAUUUCUUUGUUGCUUUCCCAGGGGCGAAAUGUGUCACGUACGAAUUUCCAGUAGAACUGGUUUCACUUGUGGUAGAAAGAAACUGCUCAAUGGCUUAACAUCUAAUAAUGUGAGUUUAUGUUUUGUUAAGUUAAACUUUUAGCCAUACCCAUGUUACAUCUGCAAAGUUAUUUCGAGAAGAGACAUAAAAAUAAAGACAUUAAAGACAAAAUGUUGAAUUGCCUGAGUGCAAAACAUGGAGAUAUUAAACUGAACUGAUGUAAAACACA